AUGGUAAGACCCACGGCCUCCAGGCCUCUGGGCGCCGCCAUGUUGGAAGCUCGGGACCGGCGCUAUGGCAGUGAGCGUGGGAGCGGGGGCGCGAGCCAGGCCGCCGCUGCCCCGCAGAUGCUGCAAGUGCGGCCCGGGGUUUACCUGGGUGGGGCGGCGGCCGUGGCGGAGCCGCAGCAGCUGAAGGAGGCCGGCAUCACAGCUGUGCUGACCGUGGACUCGGAGGAACCCGCCUUCAAGACCGGGGCGCACGGGGAGGGGAUGCGGUGCCUCUUCGUGGCGGCGCUGGACAAGCCCGAGACCGACCUGCUCAGUCACCUGGACCGCUGCGUGGCCUUCAUAGGCCAGGCCCGAGCGCAGGGUCGCUCGGUGUUGGUGCACUGCCAUUCAGGAAUUAGUCGAAGUGUCGCUGUAGUGACUGCUUUUCUGAUGAAGACUGACCAACUUACCUUUGAAAAGGCCUAUGCAGACCUUCAGACUGUCAAACCAGAGGCUAAGAUGAAUGAGGGGUUUGAGUGGCAACUGAAACUAUACCAAGCAAUGGGAUAUGAAGUGGAUACCUCUAGUGCCAUAUAUAAGCAGUAUCGUUUACAGAAGGUUACAGAGAAGUAUCCAGAAUUGCAGAGUUUACCUCAAGAACUCUUUGCUGUUGACCCAACCACCAUUUCACAAGGAUCGAAAGAUGAGGUUCUCUACAAAUGUAGAAAGUGCAGGCGUUCCUUAUUUAGAAGUUCUAGUAUUCUGGAUCAUAAUGAAGGAAUUGGUCCCAUAGCCUUUGCUCACAAGAGAACGACGCCAUCUUUCAUCCUUACAACAGGGAGUCAGGCUCAGUGUACAUCUUACUUCAUUGAACCUGUACAGUGGAUGGAAUCUACUUUGUUGGGAGUGAUGGAUGGGCAGCUUCUUUGCCCAAAAUGCACUGCCAAGUUGGGUUCCUUCAACUGGUAUGGUGAACAGUGCUCCUGUGGUAGAUGGAUAACACCUGCUUUUCAAAUACACAAGAAUAGAGUGGAUGAAAUGAAAAUGCUGCCUGUUUUGGGGUCACAGACAAGAAAAAUAUAAACUGACAUUUAAUAGUAUCAAAAGGAGCUUGCUAAUGAUAUGUGCUACCCUUGUCAUGUCUGUUGGUUUUGGUUAUCGACAUUUGGUUAUCGACAUUCAAAAUGUGAAAAGAUAAAUCACUUGGAAACUACACUUUUGUUAAUUUGUGAUAUAGAUAGAAUACUUUAUAUAGAAAUGAGAGCUUUUUAAUCAUGUACAUUUUAUUUCAUUUGAUAUCAGAAUCUUCUUUGCCCCUGUACAUACUGUUUUCUCCUAUGUUUUAAAAAGUUCAGAUUUUUGGAAUGUUAGCUAUGUGACCUUAAGGUCAAAUAGACAAAAUUAUGUAUAAAAAUUAGAAAUGCUCAUAUCUAAGUAGAGAUUCUUUUGCCUCUAGAAAUGGAAAGCAAAUUUACCAUAUUUUUGACAUUUAUUUUUCUCUUGCUCUCUUUUUAAAGGGACAUUAGAAAAUCUUAAAGUUGUCUGGAUUCUUCUUGAAAACAUUGAGAGACACCAAUAACAAUGUGUUUUCCUGGCACUGUUUAGAAUUCGAAUCAUCUAAAUUGUUUAGAAAAGCAUGCUGGUGAUAACUCUUGAAGUAAUCUACGUAAAGAAAUUAUUAAUGUGAGGUAUAUUUUUACAGAUGAUAAAGAAAGCAAUCUUAAAACACAAAAAUGACAAAUUAAUGAUUUAUGAAUUAUCGGGUUCAUGAGGGA